GUCAACCAUUUCUCUUCCAACCACAGAGGAAGAUAACGAGAACUUGGGGACUUUUCUUCUCGACAAGUUUCGUGUGCCUGAGUUACAUUCUCGGACAGACUCAGCAGCCGUCGUGUUGUCGUUUCAGGAUCAAUAACUUGGAUGACGUCUUUGGUGUGAGUGUGCGAAGUAACGGGACCUGGACUGAACAUAGUUUUCCUUUCUUUCAUUCAUUUUAUUUGAAUAAAAUGGCGUGCGAAGGAAAUGGUAUGUCAGAUGAAAGAAUCGGAGAAGCCCUGAUAAAGGAGGAGGCGUACAUUCGCGAGGUGGAUCGACGGGAACGCUAAUCUGUGUCCUCUCUUGCGGAGUUUCACCUGAAUGCCGGCCCGUUUCCCUCUGUGGCGCCGCUUCCGUCUCCAUGCGGCGAAAACCGCGGACGCCGCUCCGAGUCAUAGAGGAAGAGCUAAGGACUGUGCCCUCAGAUGAUAUCCCUCCUCUCACUCCACUGGCUGUGAAAGUAAAUACUAGUGAAGAGCAGAAGAUUGUGACCCAGCUUGGCAAAAUGAUCCGAAUUAUUGGUGACAGGGUCAAAGAUGACAAGGAGUUCCAAGAUGCAAUUGAUGGUGUGGCUUGUGUGGAAGGAUCCAAGUGGGAAAAAUUCAAGGUAGUGGCCGACAAAGUCUUUGAACAUGGCAUUACCUGGGAGAGAAUAGCUGUGCUCUUCUACGUUGCAGGGAAACUAGCACUCAAGAUGGUGGAGGCUCACCUGCCACAGUCAGUGAGGGAGAUCCUGAUUUGGACUGUGGAUUUCUUCCGGAAAAAUCUACUGAGCUGGAUUCGGGAACAUGGUGGAUGGAUCAGCAGUUUCUCAGAGCUGACAACAUCCUCCAUGCAGACCGUGGGAUUGAACUCCCAAAACUAUAUCCUCAUCAUCAUCUUCUGUGCUGGCCUGGCUCUAGGAAGUGUUAUCACCUGGAGGCUGACCAGACACUGCUAAGGACCCUCAUACAACAUGCUGCUUGCUUACCCAGUUGCCACUAUUUUACUUUUCUUUUUAUUUUAUUUUUUGGAGGAUUAUAUGUGUAAAGUUGAAAAUGUUUUGGCACCACGAUGUCAAAUAUGGUACUUUGGUAUUUUCAUACUUCUAUUGAGACUGUAUUUUAUGAAAUAUUAUGUGUGUUAUCCUUCGUGUGAUUAUGACACAAAAUAAAAACAAAAUGGCAGCAUU